CGCAAACCGCUGAACUCAAUAGACGGCUGCUCUUGAUCUGACUGCGCUGAGCCUUUUGACCUCACGGAAGCUGAGUGAAUACGCUUACCUCAGACCAGGAGAAGCCGCCUUUGUGAGGAAGCCUCGUGUUGCAACUUGAAGGCCAAUAGUCUGUACUAUAACAUGUACCUCAUAGGAUACUAAGACUUUAACAAUUGGAGAGUUACCUGCGCCAUUACAAUGGUAACUAUUACCGCCCGUCCACCUCUUGCCGCGGCGGGCAGCGGUACUGGUAGCCUUCCAGCCCGUGUGACUGGUCCUGGUCGUCAGAGUCAGAGUCACAACGCUCACAAUGCCCCAGCCGUCGUAUCCCGCGGACUUGCUCCGACACACGGCUCCAGUGGCCGAGCGACCACUAGGACUUCGGCGGCUCCCGGAGUUGCAGUUUUGACGGCAACUGAUCGUGUCCGUAAAUCUAUUGAUCGGAAUCAUGAGCGGCGUUCGCUCGAGCAACGUGGCCACGAGCAGGCCGAGCCCCUGCCGGAGCCGCUGGAGCAGGUGGCUGAGGACCCGCUGGAGCGCCUCUCCGCCGACCUCACCGCGCUAUCCAUGCAGCACGCCGCUGCCAUGGCCGCCGCAGUCGCCCUCCACACCGCGUCCGGCGCGCCUCAGCCCGCCGAGCCCAAGCAGCAGCCCCAGGCGCCCCAGCAGCAGCAGCGAGGGCGGCCACACGGAGCUCAGCGCUCGCUGGUGGCGUCCGGCAUGACGGCAUCGGGUGCUGCUGCGGGCAGCGGUGCAGGUGCCGCUGCUGCUGCGGGGGGUUCCUCCUCCGCGGCGGCCGCAUCGUCGUCCGCCCCAACCGUCGGCCGCAUUGACCUGGGGGACACAGGCCUCCCCGCCCAGCUGCUGGCCUUGCGCGACCCCGCCUGCCCGGUGGCGCUCCCCCCUCCCUCCGGCCUGCCCGCCUCCGGGCUGCCUCUUGACAACUGGAAGCUGGACAAGCUGGUGCUCAGCCUGAGCGCCAACAAGGCCACCUGGCGCCGCUCGCUGCUGCUGUUCGAGUGGCUCAAGGCGGCGGGGCACCAGCUGGACGACCGGCUGUGCACCACGCUCAUCCGCGUCUGCUCCGACCACGGUGACGCGCUCUCCGCCCUCGCCGUGUACGACUGGAUGACGGGCGCCCCGGGCUCCGGCGGCGCAGGUUUGGAGGCCACCGCCUACACCUACACCGCCGCCAUGCGGGCAGCGCUGGCGGGCGGCCUCACCGACCGCGCGCUGUCCAUUUGGAACGAGGCCUGGCGGCGGCACACCUCGGGUCGACUGCAGCUGGACUGCCGGCUGUGCAUCACCUACCUGGAGCUCUGCACGCGGCUGGGGCUGACGGACCAGGCGCUGGCGAUGUACGGCUCCAUGCGCGCAGCGACCCCCGGGUCGCGCAUGGCGCCCACGGUGCAUGCGUACACUGCGGCCAUGCGCGCGGCGACGGAGGGCGGCAGGUGGUUCAAGGCGCUGGACAUCUGGGCGGAUAUGCGGGCAGCAGGCUGCGAGCCCACGGGCCACGCCUACUCCGCCGCCAUCUCCGCCUGCGCCGCCGCCGGCGACUGGCGCCGCGCCGUGGCCCUCUUCGACGAGAUGACGGGCCCGGGCGGCAUCCGGCCCGACGUGGUGUCCUGUACGGCACUCAUCACGGCACUCGCUGCCGGCGGCGAGGCGGACCGCGCGGAGGCUGUGGUUGCCUGGAUGCUGGGCAACGGCGUGCGGCCCAACGCGCGCACCUACACCGCCCUCAUGGCCGCACUGGGUAACUCCAAGCGGUGGGGUCGCGCGGUGGAGGUGUUGGCGUGCAUGCAGACGCCCGAGUGGGGUGGCGUGCAGCCCAACGCCUACACCUACUCCGCGCUGCUCAAGUCGCUGGGGGAGCACGGGCAGUGGCAGCUGGCGGAGGCGGUGUUCAGCUCCAUUGAGCAGCAAUUGCUGGGGGGAGGCAUGGGAGGGGGAGGAGGAGGGACUUCAGCGGCGGGGGUUGUGAGUGGAGGAGGUAUCAGCGGCGGCCAGCCGCAGCAGCAGUCGCAGCCCGCGGCGGCUGCUCUGGCACUGGCGGCGGCGCUGGUGCCCUCGGGCGCGCCGCCGCCCAACCCCCUGGCGGCGCUGUUUGCGCAGGCGGCUGCGUCCCUCACCCUGACGACCUCCUCCGCCGCGACUGUCAACAGCGAGGGCUUAGAGGGCCUCUCCGCUGCCGCUGCCGCGGCGGCAGCUGCGGCGCCGCUGGGCCCUGCUCCCCUGGAGCUCUCCCACCUGGCGCCCGCCGCGGUGAGCUCCGCCCUCCCGGCUUCAACACACACCGCCUCCACCUCCGCUGCCGCUAGUGCUGGCGGCAUGAUGAGCCGCGACACCGCCGCCGCCGGCCCCUCCCAGUGGACCAGUCCCUCGCAGCUGAACGGCCUGUCACUCGACCUGCACGCGCCCUCCGCUGCCCCUGCCGCCUCCUCCGCCGCCGCCUCCGACGCUUCACCCGCCUCCGCCGCAUGCUGCUCCGCUGCCGCCAGCAGCGUAUCCCGCCGCAGCUUCAGCCUCUUCAGCCACCCACCUGCCCCCUCCGCCGCCUCCCCUCCGGGCUCGCCCGCCCGUGCUCCCCACUCCGCGAGCAGCGCCGGCACCCUCCACGAGGGCGGCACCAGCAGCAGCAGCAGCGGCCGCUCCUCCUUCAGUGCGCACUCCGCCGCCACCACCGCCACCACCGCUGCCGCCUCAAUGGACCCCUGGCGCUCCGCCAUCGACCAUGUGUCUGGCAGCGCCCUCUCCAGCCAGCUGGCGGCAGCGGGCGGUGCCGGCGGGCAGCUGGCAGGCAUGCAGCCGCAGGGGCUCCUGGCCGCCCUGCCUGCCGCCGUCUCCGCCGCGGAUGCCGACUACGCAGCCGUGGUGGCUCCGCUGCUGGCGCCCGGGGUGUACACCCCCGGCAGCAGCUUCCUCAGCAUGACGCCUUCCGCUGCCGCCCCGCCGCCACCUCCCCCGCCUCCCCCGCCUCCUCCUCCUCCUCCACCGCCUCCCUCGACCGCCAGCCACCACGCCGCCCACGCCUCCUCUCACCCGGGUCACCACCACAGCCAUCACUCGCACCCGCACUCGCACCCGCACCCCUCUCACGGUGCGCACCAGGGCGUGGUGAACGAGGUGGUGUGCGGCGCGCUGAUGCUUGCGUACGAGCGGGCGGGGAAGUGGCAGGAGGCGGUGGGGGUGCUGCUGCGCGCGCUCAACCUGGGCAUUGCGCCCAACACCGUCAUGUACAACACUGCCAUCUCGGCAGCGGGCAAGGCAGGGCAGCUGGAGAUCGCUGAGAAGCUCUACUCCAAGGUACGACAGCCCGACGCCGUGACGCACGAGACCAUGAUUGCCGCGUACGGCAUGACGGGGCUGCCCGACCGGGCCGAAGCCGUCUUCGCCGCCAUGACCUCCGCCGGCCUUCGACCCCGGGACUUUGCCUUCUGCGGCCUCAUCGCGGCACACAGCCUGGCGGGAGACUGGGAGGGCGCCAUGCGGGUGCGUGCGCGCAUGCGGCGAGCUGGGGUGCAGCCCUCGGUGCACGUGUAUAAUGCGCUGCUUGCGGCGUGUGAGCGCGCGGGGCAGCCGGACAGGGCGCUGGAGUUGCUGGGGGCGAUGCGGCGGGAGGGUGUGGAGGGGAAUGCGCUGACGGGUCAGCUACUGGCGUUGGUGGGGCAGCAGGGGGUGAGGAGCGUGGAGAGCCAGCAGGUGGCGGCGGCGGCGCUGUCGGCGGCGGUGGCGGCCUACGGCACGCUGCUGAUGCAGACGGGGCUGUUUUAGGGGGCUGGGGCUUUGGAUUGAUGGCUUUGGUCCAGUUUGGUGUGAGUUACUGGAGAAGUGAGGCGAAGAGAGAGGGGGCAUGAAGGUCCUAAGAGAGAGGGAUUGUGAAAUGGUUGGGCUGCGGAAGCGGUAUACUGACAAUGUUGUCGGCUGUUCGUCGGUUUUGCUGGGUCGUUGUGUUUGUUGGUUGCUGGUAUGUGAAGUUUGUGUGUGGGGGGGGGGUUUAAGGGAGAAUUUGUGAAGGGGCGCGUAGAUGCUUUCUUUCCGGGCAUCUUGAGCCUCUUUGAAUGCGGGUGAAAUGCAGAUGCAACGCGGGUGAAACACGGAUGAAAAAUGCGGGCGUGAUGGUUAUAAUUUGUUUGCGGUUGAAAGCCCUGCUAUCCAUUUGAUGAGUCGACGCCCCGCCGACUUUGUUCUUUCCUAUUACAACGUCGGCUGCUGAGCAGGAGGAGGACGAGGAUGAAACAAAAGCCGUAAUUGAAGAAAGGAUCCGGCUCGGACCUGAAGGCUGAGAAAGGUCGGUUGAAACUGCUGUUUGCUGUGUUAGGUUUGAAACUGCUGUUUGGCGGUGGCUGUCGCCGUCGCGUCGUUGGUGGUGUUGGGUUGCUGCGGGCUGAAGACGUGAAGAGGGAUAUGGAACCGCAAUACAAUGCGCAGUUCAGCAGGAAAAGAGAGGGAAGCAAGGGGCUGCAGAGAGAGAGAGAGCCAAGAGUGUGUUUGUGCAUAGUAGCUGGAGAGGGUUGUUGGGUCUGCGGGUCAGGUUGAUCGCCUUAAAGCCAUAUGCCCCUCAGCCUGAUGCUUUGGGGCUUUGGUACAGCACAUUGCUUGUUAGCUGCCCAGUUUUCCAAGUACAGCAGCUUGGAAAACUACAAUAGGCGCAAUUACUGAAGGUCGCUGGCAAGCCGCAGUUGCGUUUCGCCUUGUCAUGUGGUUUCCCUUCAAUGGCAACCAGAGCUGGAUUGUCCAGUCUCUGAUGCGUAGACUCACCUCAGUGUUGCCUAUCCAAGGGGGCUUGUGAGACUUGUUUGGGUCUUCUGGGAGCGACUUUUGGGACUCGGGGGAUAUAAUAGAAGUAUUGCUGCGGCCAGGUUGGAAGUGCCGUCCUUUCUUCACUGUCUGGGGUUGUCGUAGCUACAUCGACUGUCGUCUUCGGGAUGGCGGAAGCCAGUGUGUUUCAGGCCGCACCACUGGCCACACAUGCGCUUCGUGGAUAAGCUUUGAAAGGGCGGCGACACGAACGUUUGGGUUUUUUGUCUUGAGCAGUUUAUAGCGCAUAAUCUUUUGCUGACACUUGUAGUACCGUUAUCGCCGGCGAAUCCCAAACGGCAUAAGGAGAGAAGGGAGGUCUUGUGCUGGUGGGAUUUAUUCAAGAGGUGGUUUUCGAACUGAUUUACGCGGCCAGAUGGGGGCCUCAUUCUUCCACAUUCCCCUAGAGUUCGUAUGCGUCUGGAUGCUUCGUUUUUGGAGGUGAUACACAUUACGAAGACGUACAUUUUUAGGGGCGGCAUGUACGGCAAGGCGAGGCUGCAAUGUGGUUGUAAAGAAGGGUGUGGUUUUGAAAGACGUUGGAAGACGUAUCGUGGUUCUUGUUUAGUACCGGUAGCGGCACAUGGUUUGGGAGUAAAGGCUGUUCCCUGUAUUGUAAUAAAAAAAGACGUAAAAAUGACUCUUCUCCUUCAUGGGGCAGAGUGAUACGACAUUGACAAGUGCCGUGCACAUUUACAACACUGGACAGGAAUGCAGGCGGGAC